GGCCAUGAUUCUAAUUAUGAAAUGUUAUAAUGGUAUUUGUUAUCACAAUAACAACAAUAUUAAUAUUUUUGAUAAAAUUCUUUUCAUUUGAAAUCUAAAAAAAUCAGUAAUGUAGAAAUUAUUUAAAAUAAUAAAAUAUCAAAAAAAAUACUUCAUAAAAUAUUUUUAAUUUAUGGAAGAUGGUAAAGAAUUAUCGUGUUGUGGUUUUGGGGGUAAAAGGAGUUGGUAAAACGUCUAUAUUAGAACAAGCAAUUUACGGACAUUUUAGUAAAAACUAUAAAUUAUGGCCUACUAUUGAGGAUAUCUAUCAAGCAUAUAUUGAAACAGAUAAAGGUGUUCGGGAGCAAGUAAGAUUUUAUGACACAGCUGGAUUAGAUAUUACUCAACUACCAGAAGUAGGAUUAUACUCAAAUCCCGAUCCUUCUCUUGUAUUAACUUUUGGACAAAUAGCUAAGCAAUAUGCAACUAUUGCAGAUGCAUUUAUUCUAGUAUAUGAUACAAACAGACCAGAAACCUUUGACUGUUUAGUGACAUUAAAAAAGGAAAUUGAAAAAAAUAAAGAGAAAAAAGACGCUUUUUUCGUUAUCAUUGGUCAUAAGAUGAGUGAAAUUGAUAUUAAAGCUCCAACAUUGGAAUGUCCUACAAGUCGAGCUUCACAUUGGUCAAUAAGAGAAAAAAUGAAACAUUUUGAAGUAAAUGCUUUAGAUCGAACUUCCUUGUUUGAACCUUUCACAUAUAUAGCUACUAAAUUUAAUGCCACUCAACCAAAAAGUAGUUUUCCACAAUUAGGUAGAAAAGGUACUCAGCAUUGAUAUGAAUUCAAGUUCAAACUAAAUAAAAUUAUUAAUAUUUAAUUAUGUAAAAAUAAAUUAAAUUUCAGUAAUUUUGGUAUUUAUAACUUAAACAAUUUUUAACUUAUUUUUAUUUAAUAUGAUAUAAGACAACUUUUCACAAUUCUUACUAUUUUUACAGUAAAUGAAAGAAAAAUUAAAAUUUUUGUCAGUUAAAAAGUAUUUUCAGAAAAAAAUAUAAUUGAAAUUCUCAACAUAUUAAAAAAGGUUGUAUCAUAAAAGUAUGUAUUAUAUUCAAUAUAUUGAGGACAGAAAUACACAAUACAUUUUUAAUACAAACAAUACUGUAGUAAUAACAUGAAAAAAUUAAAUUAUGUAUAUUACAUUGCUAAAAUAUUACCAACAUUAUUUAUUUUAUUUAAAUCUUAGUUGUAACUACUAAACCUCGGUCAUCAAAAAAUGCUGUCUUUUGUUUAACUUGCUUUCCAUUCUGAGUAAAAAAUGAUGUUAUUGGAACAGUACUUUUAUUAUCUUCUUCUUCAUCAUCAGACCUAAAAUAGAAUGAAUACAUAUUCAGGCAGAAUAAUCAUAUAGAAAAUGAAUUUCCAGUCAAUCUUAUAAUUAGGUAAUUUUAAAAAUCCAACACGACCUUUAAUUCUUUUGAAACAUUAUAUAUGUACUUAUAUGUAUAGUAAAUUUUAUCUUAACUAUGAUGAGAAUUUAAUGAAGGGGAAAGCGUCAAGAUUUCUAUGAAUAUAUUUACAUACCAAUCAACUUGUACCGCGUGAUCUUUCAAAAUUGUUUCUGCAGUAGACCAACAAAAUCUUACUAUAUUUGGAAAUCCAAAAACUGGAUCUAUAUUUUUUGUUAAGUACUCCUUAGUAAUAGGGUCUGAAAAAAUUUUUCUUAAUAGUAUUUCAUUCCAAUAAUGACACUAAUAAUUUUUAAGUUAAAAAAAUAAUUAAAUUAUUUAAAUAAAAUGUAUGCUUAAUACAUUGAUUGAGGGAAUAUCAGAUUACAUUAUAUUACUACAAAUUUCAUGAACUAGUAAAGUUGAACAAAUAUACUAUACCAGCAGGAUAGCCACUACCCCAAUUUGAAUCAAUGAUUUCUCCAGGUUUUUCAACAAAUUUCCAAUUUUUUAAAGCAGCAUCACGUGUUACUUUAGCACAAAUACUAGCAGCACUCACAAUAGGAAAUAAAGAAUCAGCUUUUUUAGAUACUUUUAUUUUUAACUGUGGAAAUAUUGCCGAAAGUUUAGCCUAAAAUCAGAAUACUUUUAAAACAUCAGUUAUAUCGCGAAUAUUGCAUUAAUAAAUAAAGUUUAAUUGUAUUGAUUAAAAUUUAUUAUUCUUUUAAUAAAAUGUGCUUUAAGGUAGUAUAACAAAAAAAAAAUUGUAUAGAAAACAUUUAAAGCUAUAAAAAUACUAAACAGAUUGAAGAGCAAUUUAAAUAUAUAAAAACAAAAAUAUUUGUGAUAAUACAUUUAAAUUAAUAAAAAAUAUUAUGCUUCCUAAUAUAAUAUAACUAAUACAUUUUUGAUUCUUGAAUAUUUAAUAUAUUAUUAUAAGCUAUGGAAUAAAUCAAUUUAAUCGUAAAAAUAAGGUCUUAAUCACAUUUACACUCAUAUAUAAGUUUUCAGGAUUAUAUCUCAAUAAUAGUUAAUAGGACCACACAAUUAUUUUCUUAUUAAAAUUAAAAUAAUUAUAAAUUGUAUUAAUUAUUAAUAAGACAAUUUAAAUUUAAUGUUAAAAGUUGUAUCUAUGUACAAUAGUUAUGAUUUAUUUUAACACACCCAUAGUCCAAAGAAUCUAGACUCCACUAAACAAUAUACCUAUAUUAAUAUUCAAUGUGUAUAUAAUACCACUUAUAUUAUAAUAUAAUUAAAUAAAAAAUAAAUAGAUGACACAUACUUCAUAUUUUUCAGCGGGUCCGACAGUAUCAACAUAUACCUCACUUAGAUUUACACCUCUGUCUAGAACUCUUUGAAUUAGACCAAUAGCAGCAUUAUGAGAAACCUCAUUUAAUGAACAUUUUUGUCUGAAAAAUUAAUUUUAAAAAUAAUUUUAGUUCAGUAAUAGUAAAUUAUAAGCCAAUUUAAAUUUUUUCCAAGGGUGGACUUGAAAUAUUCACAUCAAUAGACCUGUGAGACUCCACCCUACAUACUGGUUCCAAAAUAUGUAUACUUAUAUUUAUCAAUCUUUCUAAUAUUAUACAUCCUUUUUAUUAGUAUAACAAAUAAUAAAUAAUAUUAAUGACUUAGCAGCAGAAGCUCUAGAUCGAGUUAAAAUAAUAAUAAUAAUAAAAUACUAGAUAAUACUAUAAAAUAUGUUUAUUAUUAUGUUAUAAUUUUUAAAAUGAUAAAUGCAAUAAUUAUUGAAAUGGCAUUACAAACUUUAGGUAUGUUAAUCAUUUUUAGGGAACCCUUCUAAGCAUACUCAGCGAGGGCUUAUGCAGAUAAUUAAAAUUAAUUUACUUAAUAAUACAAUAAUAUACAUUUAUACAUAUUGAAGCAUACUAUUUGUCAAGGAGUCACUUUUUUCAAUGGCAUGACACAACAAAGAUAAUAUAAUAGAAAUUUUUAAUUGGAAUUAAUUGCUUAUUGAUUUUUCAUUAAAAUAAUAUCAUUUAAUCUUAAUGAAAUGUUUAAAAAUUGACAUUGUAAUGCCCUAACUAUUAACUAAAACAGAUGUACCACUAUGCAGUUUACACAUUAAUUUAAUUGUACUAGGGAAGUCAUCUUGUCUUUAAUAUUUAAUAUUUUAUUAAAUAUUUAUUUAUUUAAUAAAAGUUAUAUUUUUUAACUUUUUUGUAAUGGCCUACCUUCUAAAAUUACAAUUACUAAUUGUAUUUGGUGAUAUUAUAUGAACAGCCCAACCAAGUAAAUUAUUUUGUUUAGUUAUGCCAUCAAAAAUAUCAUCCCGUGCCUGUUCAGUUAAUACUUUUGAAUCGGCACAUCCUAAAGCUUUUAAAAUUUCUUGAUUGUCCGCACAACAAAAGGAUGUACCAUAAACCAUAGGACCU